UGCGUAUUAUUAAAAUCUUUUUUUUUGGUCAAAAGUAACAUUAUAACAUCGCUUUUUUCGACAAUCAAAUCGACAAUGAGGGGGCACUACCGAUGUAUACCUAUUUGGCUGCUUUUCAUAAUUGACAUUAAGGAAAACGUCCAGGGAUUAGUAUGGAAGUCAGAGGAACCUGUUACCUACUAUUCAGGCUAUGUCUCUGUCACAAUGCACCGCUAUACAAUCCCUGAGGACACUAGUUCCGCUACAUGGUCCUUUCGAGCCUUCAAAUCUAACAGUGUCUGUGAUGACAAAGGCAUCGAUGUAUAUUUGCAGUUUGGAAGCCUCCCAGCAGUUAGCCCCAUGAAUGCGACCUUUCCAGGCGACUUCUAUUUAAAUCGUACCAACCUAGUUCAACUCAGCCUUAAAUCUGAUAAUGUUUCUAUCCAUCAUACCGAACUUUUCCCACUGAGCGGAAACUGGUUUGCAAUCGCACUUAUUCCAGAGAAAAACGAUAAAAUCCAACAAAAGGGUCUGACCACCGCCUGUAUUUACUACGUGAUGUCAUCUUUGGAGGUGAAGGCUGUCCCUGAUUAUGUCUUGCUGGCUGCUAACCAUCCAGUCAUCGUUUCAUUAAACUCACUGCCUCCUGGCAGUGACGGUGGUGGUGUGUGGGUGCGUUUCACCUUGCCUCAGUCCUCCUUUGCCAUCAGUCUGGAGGUGAAGAACUGCAAUGUGACACCAUGUCACCUACAGCUGUCUUACCAGGACCACAAAGGCCAGCUGAUGCAGCAAAACUGCACCAAUGUUGACAAGACAGCAUGUUUAGUGAACCUGACAAACCCUCUUCAUGACUUUCAGUACUUUGUGCACCUAGCUCUUGUGGAUGCUGCCACCAGGGCCACUGUUGUGACUGGUUUGUCUUCUCAAGGCUGCUCCUCUCCUGAUGUCACUCAAAGGGUGUCUGAAGAACAGUGUUACUUGCAUCCACUUCUAGACCGAUAUCAGGGUGAUGCAGACUACAGUACCAGAUAUGUUCAGAUUGUAAACAACAGAGUGGAAGAAACAUACAGAGUUCUGUAUAACCGCACAACACUUUUGCCUUUCAUGAUUGAAGACCAUGUUGAUAUUGGAGGCACGCUGAUAGUGCAGAUUCUUUUUGACCAUAAGAACAUGGCAGAAACUCAAAGCCAUAUACGUGUGUGUGGCAUAGUGGAACGCAGUUAUUUUCACUUGUUAACCUCAGAUAUGAACAGCUGCCCCAAGGGAGCCAAUGCCCUUCAGAUUAACACUGAUAUUGUGGAGGAAGUGGAGUUGGAGUCUUCCAAAAUUUAUGUGCCAUACCCAGAGGAGGGUCGGUGGUUUUUGGCUCUACGCAUGUAUUGCUUCACAACAUUCUCCAACCACAGUGGACCAACACCGGCUCAGCUGGGAGCUUGUUCAAGGGAUUCUAUAAAUGUGACAGUUAAAGUCAGCAUACAAGGGUGUGUUGAUGGCAGCUGUAAUGGUCGUGGAACAUGCAAGGUUUAUGUGACUGGUUCAGACUUCAUUAUCUUCUCCACAUGUAGAUGUGUUGGAGGAUGGGAUGGAUAUGGUUGCACAGAUGGCACAAAUGCUGCAUCAGAUGCAGACCAAUUACUGGAACUUUUGCUUUUGACUUUGAGCAACCUAUUCUUCAUUCCAGCAAUAGGACUGUCACUGAAAAGACAUUACUACCUGGAAGCCAUAGUGUAUUUCUAUAACAUGUUUUUCUCCACGUUCUACCAUGCAUGUGAUGGGAACAGAAUUGCCAAGUAUAUUUAUUGCCUGACAGAGUACUCUGUGCUGGCAAACUGUGACUUUUUAGGGUCGGCAUGCUCACUGUGGGUCACACUCAUCGCCAUGGCACAGUUACGUGUCAAAAUCAGCCUUACUCUCCAGAUGCUGGGGCCACUGGCACUCAUAGUUGGAGUUCUGUUGGAUAGGACUAGUGUUUAUCUUAUUGCUGUCCCUGCCGUUUCAGGGAUUUUGAUUGUACUAGCUGUCUGGGGCAGACAGUGUUACCUUGAAAGGAAAUGCUUCCCAACUAAAAGGCGCUACCUCUGUAUGUUGCCUGGUGCAUUGAUUGCCAUAACUGGUGCAGUCCUGUUUGCAUUCUUCGAGACAGGAGCUAACUACAAAUAUAUACACAGCGCCUGGCACAUUGCACUCUCCAUGAGCAUUAUCUUUUUGCUUCCUCCUCCUUUGAGGGCUAAAGGAUCACCCACAAGUAGCUCCAAUGAUACUGAAUCCGAGGAAGCCCUUGUGCUGGGACGUCAGCCUUACAACCAACGGAUUAACUUUGAACUUUGACACCAGAAAAGAGAGAGAACAUGUGAAUGAUACCUGCUUUAAAGACCCAGUGAUCAUCUGUCUUAUCUGUCUCGUCAUCUAUUGCAGAAUUUGCCAAAUGUUAGUGAUGAUGUGCAUUUGUAUGUGUGUGUGUGUGAGAAAUGAAUCAGGAAUCAGAUUGAGGGACAGAGCAGUGUUCUGUGUACUCUUGGGGUGUCAGUGAAAAAAAGAAAACAGCAGUAUUUGGUAACCAUUCUAUCCUGAUUGUGCAUUGUUGGUCAGUGCGGUCACGCUGUGCGGGCCGUCCCUCCCAUUCUUCCUCCCAUCUUGUACAUCCAUCUUUGUUUUUUCCAGUCUGUGACUUCUGUAAACACUUUUUGAUGUUUCUUUUCUGAUCCACCCCAAAUGUUGGGAUAGCAGGAACAUUUGUCCUUCAAACAUCACUAUGUAGUGAUGUGAUGAAUACGUGAAGUUAACGUCUGUGCAACUCUGAAAGACCUUAAACUUCUCACUUGUAAUUUAGCAUAUUUAGGAGAACAUUAACAAACAAUAGUGCAGCCAUACUGUUUUUAAAAUGUGGCCUGUUCCAAUUAUAUCUAAACUGAUGGGAACAAGGGUGCUGUGCAGAAGAUUUUGACAGCCUUGCAAGCCAUGCCUGCAGUGUAAAUAUUUUAAUGUAGGUAGACAACCUUGUAUAUGUCUCAUUUCGUACUUUGUAAAACUUGUCAUUGAAAAAGUUGUUAAAUCUAUAUGUAAAGCAGUUAUAACGCUGCUUGUGUGGCAGCACUGAGUGUAGUCUGUUUGCCUGAAAAGUCAUCUAUAGCUACACGUACUUCUGUUCUUUUAGUAUAAAAUAUCUUAGGAAAGGAGUUCACCAAUGAUUAUUUUAGUUUUAGUCAUUGCCUUAGCAAGAGUAAAUCAAACUGUGUUUUUUUUCCAUAAAAAUAAUGGAAGAAUAUAGUGUUAUAGGCCAGCAUGAUUUUUAUUAUUUUUUUAUGAAAACAAGCUCAUAUUUCAGCAGCAAAUUUCUUCAUUUGGCCUCUAAGAAAUGGUCUUUGUGUUUGCUUGUUAAGUAGUCAUACUUGUGAAUAGAUAUGUCAGAGUCAAUGCCUUCUUUUUUCUAUGCAUAUGUGGAUGCACAAAAACGGGCAUGAACUCUUGAUAAAAUGGGCAAACAUACAAAUAUAUUAGAGUUUGCAGCUGAAAGGUUUGUUUUUUGGGGUUUUAAUUUUUGAAAGAACAGUUUCUCUCCCUAUUAAAAUCAUUCAUGCGGACUUCGUUUUGUUGCCAUGAUUGUUUAUAAUGCUUUUUUGGUGACCAAAAUUGUAGUCACAAUUUAAUACCAUCCUUGUAUCACUUCAUGACACUGAAUUUUAAAAUUGUCUGAAAUAUUAAUAUCUUCACUUACAUGCAUUUAACGUCUACUUGUUGUCUAAAUAACAGGGCUUGCUGAAGCAUCAUGCUUGAACUGCCAGUUAACUGUCAAUUUCUUCUCAAAGCAGUUUUGAAAGGCUACGAUUUUAGAAGAGAAGUUGGAAGUGCUUGCUUUAUAUGAUUAUGAUAAGUUGGCAGCUAGCAUGUAUAUAUAGAGGGCACAAGUGAAAGCUCUUUACCCUUGGCAGUUGUGCUGAAAAAGUGGAGUGUGGAACCAUUAAAAUGAGGUUAUUAGUACUUAUAACAAACCUGUUUUCGGUUAUAGAAUUUUCAAAUUAUGCAUGGCCCUCUGUAACUGUUUCCUUCAUGUAAAUUAUUCUUCUAUUUUUAAUAAUACAUAUAGUAAUGAGAUUUUGUAUAGAUGCAUCAUGCAUUUGCUUCAAUGACAGAAUCAUAAAUCUGUAAAGCUGCUUUAUUUAUGUCGCUGCUUACUAUGAAACUGUUGAUUACAAAGAGAUGAAUCUUUGAGUUAGCAGAGGUUUGUUAUACGAAGUGUACUUAUCCAUUCUGACCUAUGAAGAUGUACAUCUGUGUAGACAGAGAUAAAAGUGUACAUUAUAUCAAGAAAAAAAUGAAGGAGCUGGAUAACAGGAGCCAAAUGAAUUCUUAUUGAACAAAAUAUUUACCCCAAAAUUGCCUGUUUGUCAGUCUAGUUACUAUGUGACCGAUGCAUGUUUGCAUCCGUGAUGUGCCAUAAUUAUACAUGUGUGCAAUCCCUGCUUGUUACUUAUCUUUGUUUUAAUUAUUUAUGCUUAGCUCUUUUUGAGUUUUAUUGUUUUUAUAUGUGCUCAACUUUGUGUCAAUGACAAAAUACUUAAGUGUCAAACUUCAAAUGUCAUUUUUGAAUAUAAGAUUUAUUUUCCUUUCAGAGGAACAUUUUUGUAAUCUAUUUCUCUAGUGCAUAGGUUGAUACAGCAUAUCAAAUAAACCUUACUUUGUAAAGGCAUGGCACCUGUGCAUACUUUUAACACAUAAACAUAUUUAUUUUACCUAUACUAGGAAAAUGCAAAAUUAUGUAUAUCUUAGAAUCAUUUUGACUUAUUUUAUUUCUUGUGAUUAUUUUCCUUGAAUUUAUCUUACUUUAACUGUGAAUCAAAUCCCAUAUUCAAGUAUUUAAGUACUUUAGAUGAUCUCAUGUUUCUAAAUGUGUCCAAGAAAUCAUUCAUGUUUUAGAGGUUUUAUUUACAUUAUUUUGCCUGAAUUAUAGAGCACUAUUUUCACUAUUUUAUGUAUGAGAACUCCAGAUUCACUUAUUUUGUUUCUCUUCCAUGCAAGAGUUCUUGAAUAUCAGUUUUUGUGAGCAAUGAUUAUGUAUUCAAACUGUAUGUGCUUGUCUAAAUGCUGUUUAGUGUAGCUUUGUGUCAUAGUAAGCUCAGAAAUAUGUAUAGAGAUGUCUAAAAUGCACAAUUUAUUUUCCCAAGUGCAUUAGCUGUAUUAAAGUAUACAGUCUUUGUUAAUGGUGGAAAACCUUCAUGUUGGUUUUCAAUAUUGCUGUGAUCAUUUUGGUUGAUUAGCCCAGCUUUAUUGAUGAUGCCAGAAUUCUCUCAGCAGUAGAUAAAAGGGGCUUGGCUUAAAAAAAAGUGUAGUGUUUUCAGAUGUAAUGUUCUGAAACAAAAACUAGCUUAUUCAUAGGUAGCAAAAUGUUGCUGGUAAACCUAUAAACCUGUGAGCAAGACACAAUUAAAAAACCUGCUGGUAAUAGUGGCAAAAAGACCAAAAGAAAAUGAGUGAUGUCCCUUUGCCUGACGAUGGAGUUGCUCUGCAUCAUUUGUCAACUCCCAGGAUGUGUGUUGGCUUUGGCUUCCUUAUUAUUGCCUUGUAUUUCUGCUUUUUCUUGAAAGUGCGCCACAUACACUGGCAGAGGUCAUCAGACUUUAAUGAUCAGCAUAUUUUGGAAUUGUCAUAAAUAAAAUGACAAACAUUUUAAAAUCAGUUUUCCUUACAAAAACUAUUAUUUCAUCAUUUCCUUCCUGUUCAUUGUACAAUGUGCUUGAAUGUAUAACAGGCUUUGGGAGACUGGGAUGGCACUAUUUAAUGUGGAAGGUUUUCCUUGACUCUGCAUACAUGAAAAACAAUAGUGGGUUUUCAUAAUUGUCCGUGGUCAAUGUUAACAUGCAGAUGCAAUCCUGAUAGCACCUAGCUUGACCAGCAAACUUGACGAUCUCCCUAUGCAAUUAUCAGCUCAGGUUCACAAGCUUUAAGUAGUUUAUAUAUAAGGCAGAUAACUCAAUAAGAAAAAGAUGCUUGCAACUGUUGAUAUACUGAUACUGGUAUUGGACUUUCUAACUGGAAAAGCUCACAUAUGUGUUUCUUUAGUUGUCUUUCUGGUGAAAUAUGAGUAUGCUUUAGAUGUGUAAAAUUAAUGAUUACUAAGACAGUUUUCCUACAGUCUGAUGUGGAUUCCAUUAAUUCUGUAGUUGCAGACAUAUUCUAAGAUACAUAAAUAUGUACAUAUUGCACAGGAGCCAGAUGUGAUUUUUAUUUUAAGUACAUUAGCAUAAUUUCAUCCUGAAGUUAUAGGGACGCUAAUGAUGAGAGUUUCUGGUCUUCAGUAUCAUUUUACAGGUAAAACCACAUCUCAUUUUUUAUAUACAAGCUCAUUUAUCUCACUGGGUGAGAUUGGGAUUAGGGUUUUAGAGGUUAGAUGAAAGAGAAAAUGUGUCAACCAAAUCAGAUAGAGACCUUGGAAAUAUUGUGCUGGAAUUUGUGGAAAGGUUUGAAAAGAUGAUGAUUUUUUUUAAAGGAAAUUUUGAGGAUCUUCUGGAACUGGGGAUAUUUUUGGUUCAAAAAUGUACUGAUAUAGUUGCCUCAUGUUGCAGUAUUAAAAAGCUAUGUGUGUGUGUGCCUGUAUUGUGCUGUAUAGAAAUUUAGACAAAAGAGUACAUGCUUUGACAACCUUUCCCAAAAAAGUACUGAUAACACAAACUUUAUUUAGGCCAUUAGCUAAAAAUCUGUAUUAGUUUUGUAAAGUAACACUAUUCCCAGUUUCAUUCAUAUUUUUUUCAUCUCCUUUCUUGCACCCUAAACAGCAGUCUAGUUUGUCUGAAGUUAAAACUAUCCUUGUCCAUGUGUUUGUGAUUGCCAUUGAUUUGCACCUUUCUACACACACAUAUAUUAGCUGAAACUUAUUGCGAGAGCUUUUGAUUGUUGAACAUGAACAUUUUGGAAAGUAGCUGUGAAAAGGUUUUCCUACCAUCUACUCUGCUUGUUUUGAAUAAAACAGUCGUACAUCCAUUCCACUUCUUAGACUCUCCAGUAGCAGAUUGAGCACAAGUUUGUGUAGUAAAUACAAAGCUGUAGAUUUGUCUUAUGCUGUUGUGCAUUUUGAAUUACUCUUAUUUGAGAUACAAGGAUGACAUUAAUCCUUGAAUGCACGAAAUUACCCCGUUUUCAAAAAAUGUUUGAAAAGGAACUUCGACAAAAGAAACAUAAGCAGAAAUCAGUUGUUUCUAUUUCAUGUAGAUUGGGGACUUUUUUUGUAAAUUUGAAAGGACUGAGAUAUGUCAAAAGGAAUUUUGGAAAAUAUUUUACACAGUCAUCCUCUGAAAGUCUGUUUUUGCAGGCAGUGAUUUUGAUAGUCACACAGCAAGUAGAAAUGACUCACCAUUUCUUGUGAUGAAAACCAACUAUAAAAUUUCUGCAGUUUGUUGCUUUGAACUGUUGGCUAUUGCCAUCUUUAUGCAAAAAGGAGGGUUGUGAUGGGAAAUUUCUAAACCUUAUGGUCUAAUGCAGAUAGCAGUGUUUGGAAAUGCUUCAGCUAGCUAAUUUUUCCAUGAUUCAUGUCUGUAAUAUUUGCGAGAAAAUUAUAUCUGUUGCAUAUGUACUACAUGUCUAAGGUAACAGCUACAGUGUCCAGGCCAUAUAUGCAUGAAAAAGUUCAAAUGAAAGAGAUCUGCCCUUCUUUUCAUCAUUAACAAUGAUAUAUAUUGUGCAAAAAUCAGUAUGAGCACACAAAAGGAUUCUGAUUUUAAAGAAUCAAUUUUUUUAACUGUUGAUGCAGUCACAUUUUUAUGCCUUGUAUAUGUCAGUUGAACAUUGUAGUGUAUUCUCGGCCAUGUAUAUAUUAAUGUACACAUAUGCAAGCAUGCAUACACUUGCAUGUGAGCUUACACUGAAGUUCUGAUAGUAGAUUGUUUACAUGUUUUUCUAAGUUGUGUUUCUGCCAUAAUAAAAUGUUUGCAAAUAUAUAUUAAUGACAUAUUUCUACAAUGAAUGGUUUGUUUCAGUAUAUGGCAAGACCUGAGUGUAUGAGUUAAAUGUAUUUGGAUGUGCAAUAAUGGCAGAUCAAUUAACCUUCCCUUACUCUUUCUUUCCCCGUCCUGUUCAGCUUCUUUUACUCACUACUUACCAUUUGUCACUGCAUGCCACUUGGCAAGUUGGUCAAGAUAAAUGAUUUCAUUAAAACCAUUGCUUUUUGUUUAAAAAAAAUCUUUAUCUCUUCCUUUACAUUUCACUUGAAUUUAGCUUUAUCUUUAUUUUCAACAUAUCCUACAAAGCAUCCUACAGGAGAUUUGGGACAGUGAAGAAAUCCCUGACAUUUGGAGGAAAGGUAUUAUUGUCAAGAUACUGAAGAAAGGAGACCUUAGUGACUGCAAUAACUGGAGAGGCAUCACAUUGUUAUCCCUCACCAGCAAAGUUUUCAGCCAUGUAUUCCUCCAGCGCAUGGCAAAAACAGUAGAUUCCACAUUUCGACAAGAACAAGCCGGCUUCCGGAAAGGACGAUCAUAUAUUGACCAUAUCUUUGUGCUGUGACAGAUCCUGCAACAAUCACAGGAGUGGAACAGUCCACUGUAUAUGGCCUUCAUUGAUUGAGAAAGCAUUUGACAGCCUACACUGUGCCUCUCUGUGGAAGAUUCUGUGUCACUAUGGCAUCCCAAAGAAACUGGUCAAUGUCAUCAAGUCUUUGUACAAAAGCUUUAAGUGCCAAGUCAUCCACAACAACCAGCUCACAGAAUCCUUUAGAGUGUACACAGGCGUCAAGCAGGGGUGCAUCCUGCCACCGAUACUAUUCUCUUAAAACCUCCAACUAAAGACCAAAAACCUUAGUAGGACUGCCAGCAUGAUAGGACACAAGUCCUAAGGAACAAUGUGACAAAUAAUAACCUUAUCACAAUAAGCAGGAAUCACUAGUGGAUGUAAAAGAAUUUGUGUACCUGGGCAGUAAGGUGACAGCUGAUAGUGACUGAA